CAGUUCUAAAAUGUGAGACACACAUUGGCCUCAGGGAUUCGCUUCUUUCAUCGCACAUUAACAACAUGGAUUUCAACGUGAGGAAACUCGCCGCAGAUGCUGGAAUAUUCUUCUCUCGGGCUGUGCAGUUUACAGAAGAGAAACUGGGACAGGCGGAGAGAACCGAACUGGAUGCUCAUUUUGAGAAUCUUCUGUCCAGAGCUGACUAUACCAAAAACUGGACUGAGAAGAUCUACAGACAGACUGAAGUUCUGCUUCAACCAAAUCCAGGUGCUCGUAUCGAAGAGUUCCUGUAUGAGAAACUGGAGCGGAAGAUUCCGCCUCGGGCCACUAAUGGAGAGAUAUUAGGACAGUAUAUGCUGGAGGCUGGAAAGGAGUUUGGAGCGGACACUCCGUACGGAAGCACCUUGAUACAAGUGGCCGACUGCCAGAGAAGACUGGGCGGCGCUGAGCGAGAGUUCCUGCAGACCUCGUCCAUCAGUUUCCUCACACCCCUGAGGAACUUUCUGGAGGGCGAUUGGAGAACCAUUUCAAAAGAGCGCAAGCUCCUGGAGAACCUGCGGUUGGAUCUGGACGCUUGUAAAGCUCGUCUUAAGAAGGCCAAAGCCGCCGAGACCAAAGCCGCUGCUGUUCCUGACUUUCAAGAUACCAGACCACGAAAUUAUGUUCUGUCUGCUAGUGCAUCUGCGCUCUGGCACGAGGAGCUUACUAAAGCGGAACAUGAGUUGCGAGUUGCUCAGACAGAGUUUGACAGGCAGGCUGAGGUCACAAGACUGCUGGUGGAGGGAAUCAGCAGUACACAUGUGAAUCAUCUGCGGUGUCUGCGUGAGUUUGUGGAAGGGCAGGCGAUAUAUUAUAACCAGUGUCACCAGUACAUGCAGGAACUACAGAAAGAACUGGGCAGAGCAUGCACCAGCUCAUCUGUGGGAGAUUCUGACCCGGCAAACCCGUCCGCUGUCCUGCCGCUAAACCCGCCUUCUCCGCUGGAAACCGACGCUCUCCAAAUCGAAGAAGUCCAGCCUCCCGCCAGCGGCACACGGAACGCUAAAGUUCUGUACGACUACACGGCUGCAGACUCCAGUGAGCUCUCGCUGCGCGCCGAUGAGCUGAUCACAGUGUACCACAUGCCGGGAAUGGACUCUGAUUGGCUGAUCGGGGAGAGAGGAAACCAGAAGGGAAAGGUGCCUGUUACAUAUCUGGAGCUGUUGAGUUAGAGAGGCGCGCUCGCACACACACACACGCACUCACACACUGAGACACAAACUGCUUGUUUGUUGCUGUGACAUCCACUGAUAAACAAAUCAUGACAUGGACACACAGCAUCAACCAACACAUCUUCAAAAUAGAUGGUUUUGUGAUUUUGCAUGUUAUAGAAAAAUGAUUGAUGAAGCUGUUUUUAUUUUAAAUGACUUAAGUUCAUCGAGAUGGACAGAAAUCUGGUCAGGAAAUCUCAUUUUUUUUAGUGCAUUCAGAAAUAAAAAAAUCAAACGUGAACACUUCGUAUUAAGUCAGCAGUUUCAUAUUAGACCCAUGUUAAAACACACAACUUAUACAGAACAGUAAACUUAUUUGGGACUAAUAAUUCAUUCACAAAUGCUUGAAACCAAGUUUCCAUCCAUGUAAUUAUCUGCCUGUUGUCUGCACUAGAAACUGAAUCAGUUAGUAGAUCCAUAUUCAGUAAUCUUUUCAGGCUUUCCUAAAACAGAUGCCUCACAGCUAAGCCUAAUAUUAAACAUUUACUGUUGAACAUAUUUGCACUGGUAUGAGGUUAUAGAAGCACUUCAUAAACUUCAUGACUGAAACUGCCUUAUAACAUCUCAUUCAGACACACAUUCAUGUAAAAUCAUUAAGCAGUUAAGAUAUUCUUUACUCAAGCAGCACAUGUUUCCCAGCAUUCACAGCAAACACAUGUCAAUGUUAUAGAUACGACGUAAUCGGGGUUUAAGAUAUGAAUGUGGAAUUUAAGCCUUACGGUUUUCAUGUUUGCAUGAAGAGUCAAUGCCUGCUGCCUCUGAGCACUUCAACUGCUCGUAGUGUUGUUGUUUUUGUUAUUUUGACAGUGUUCAAAUAAAUGAAUAUUUUCGGUAGGGAUGUAAUGAUUCACUCAGCUAAUAACAAUACUGAUCUCACGGUAAGAUUAAUUUUUAUAAAAUGAGUUGAGAAAAAUUUGUAAUGAACAACUGCCCUGUUAUUAUUUCUCAAAUUCUGCACAUUUCAAAAUACAUUUAUGUCAAAUAACAAAACUAAACUGCAAUUUAAAACAAAUUCCAAAAAUAAAAACUAAAAAUACAAAAGUAUCCGUAAUAUAAACAAAUUAAGACUUUUCUUGGAUUUGUCACAAUUAAGAAAUAUCAGCAUAACAAUGAUAUCUAAAUUAGCAGGAAACACAGCAGCCCCUGCUGUUCAAAACAAUUAUUGCGGUUCAAAUAACAUCUCAACCGGCUUGUAUCUUCACAUAUUAUAAUCCAUUUUGACCGGCUCACGGUGAAUCAUUACAUCCCUAAUUUUUGGUCAAGGGGCCGGUUGCACCAGCUGAUAUGUAACAUCUUAACCCCAUUGUAGUUGUAGCAUUUAAAGACAUCAACUUAAACACUACAGCCUGAAGUAUAAAGCAAAUGUUACUGGAACCCUCCAACCAUAGUAAAUAUGUCACAUGACUUGACUUGAAUCUGUUGAACAUGUAUGAUAAUACUGACAUUUACAGGUAAAAUAGGAAAACUGGUAUAAACUGAACACUUUGGUUGCUUUGUCUUAAUACUUGUGAGGGGUUUGACUCUAAAAAUUUUACUUGCUGAUGCUUGAAUAACAAACACGUGUGAUGUUAUGAACCACCGGUGCAACCUCCCCCAGAUCUGCACGUUCAGUUAAAAACAAAAAAACGAAUUGUUUAUGCUACAUGUCAAUACAGAGUUCGAUUUUGU